AAUGUCAACAAUGUGACCUGGCCGAUGACAUGUCAGGUGUAAACUGAAUGUUGUCCAAUAGUUUAGAUUUAAACUUUUCUUUUGGAAUGUGAUUUAAUUAUUUAUUAUUUUGUGAUUGGAUCGAUUAACUUCUCUUUAAUUUAUAUUGCCGAUCACACAAAAUGUUUGAAAUAAUCAUACUGCUUAUAUUGUCGGCUGUAGCCUAUUUCAUUACCGCUGAAUUAAUACCGAACCUCUCAGAUCUGUUUAUAAAAGCCGGUUUAUUUGGAAUAGAUUUGUGCAAAACAAAUAAGAAAAAAGUGCCGGAAGCAAUAGGUGUUGUAUCAGGCUGUGUCUUUUUAGUUACAAGUUUCAUAUUUAUACCAAUAGUGUUUGGUAAUGGUUUGAUGGACACACAAAAUUUUCCUCAUAAUGAGUUUGCAGAACUGUUAGCAGGGUUGCUGUCCAUCUGUUGCAUGCUUCUUCUGGGCUUUGCUGAUGAUGUCCUAGACUUGAGAUGGAGAUACAAGUUAUUACUACCAACAAUGGCAUCACUGCCACUGCUGGUGGUAUACUAUGUAAAUUUCAACUCCACUACUUUUGUUGUUCCUAUACCCUUAAGACAAUGGCUGGGAAUUUCUGUUAACAUAGGAUUCCUUUACUACAUUUACAUGGGAAUGUUAGCAGUUUUCUGUACGAAUGCAAUUAAUAUUUUAGCGGGUAUCAAUGGACUGGAAGUGGGACAGUCAGUUGUUAUAGCUUUAUCAAUAAUUAUCUUCGACAUUAUUGAAUUAAGAGGAGACCAAUAUAAAGCACAUACCUUUUCAUUGCAUAUCAUGAUACCUUAUUUGGCAACUACAUUAGCAUUGUUGAAGCAUAAUUGGUACCCAUCAAAAGUAUUUGUUGGAGACACAUUCUGCUAUGUCUCUGGAAUGACAUUUGCUGUAGUAGCCAUAUUAAGUCAUUUCAGUAAAACUGUUCUAUUAUUUUUCCUUCCUCAAAUCAUUAACUUUUUGUAUUCAGUCCCACAACUAUUUCACAUUAUUCCUUGUCCAAGACAUCGCCUUCCGAAAUAUAGUGAAGAGACUGAUUUACUCCAUGCAAGUAGAACAAUUAUUGUAAAAAAGGAUAUGACUUUUAUAACUAAAUUAAUUCUUCAAGUCUUAACCAUGUUACACCUUACUGAUAAAGUUGAAGAUGAAGACUGCAUUAAUAUCAAUAAUAUGACCUUAAUCAAUUUAUUUUUAAUUAAGCUAGGACCAACAUCUGAAGUACAGCUCACCACAACGCUUAUGGCUUUUCAAGUCUUCUGCACUUGUGUAGCUUUUGUUGUAAGAUAUCCAAUGGCAUCAUACUUUUAUGAUAGUUAAAAGGUGCGAUCAAUUAGAUUAGGGACAAAUAUUUUGUGAAGUUAUAGCUAGGUAUAUGUAAUGUUCCAUAUUAUUUUUACGAAUAUUUUAUAGGAUUAGCCAAAGAUUAUAAUGUGAUAAAACCACAUUGGCACUUUAUUUUACACUUAAUGUUCUUAAUAAAUUUGUUUCAUAAUAAGUAUGAUUGAAAAGAAUAUAAUUCCAUAGCAUUGUAAUGGCUGUUAAUAUUUUUGUAUGAUAUUGUUAAUUACAAAAUAAAAAUGAAUCAUUAUGAA